GGCAACAGGACACCGGCUGUCGGGCGACCCGGAAGUGUUCCCAUUUUGCGUCGUCGGGGCUCGGCGGCGGCCGGGCUCGGGGUUAGACAGACCACCAUGGGGUCGUCAAAGAAGCACCGCGGGGAAAAGGAGGCGGCAGGAACUACAGCAGCGGCCAGCACCGGGGGCGCUACCGAACAGCCGCCUAGGCACCGGGAGCACAAAAAACACAAGCAUCGGAGCAGCGGCGGCGGCAGUAGCGGCGGCGAACGACGGAAGCGAAGCCGAGAGCGUGGGAGCGAGCGCGGGAGCGGGCGGCGCGGGGCCGAAAAUGAGGCCCGCAGCAGCACGCACGGGCGGGAGCGCAGCCAGACAGAGCCCUCCGAGCGGCGCGUGAAACGGGAGAAGCGGGAUGAUGGCUACGAGGCCGCUGCCAGCUCCAAAACUAGCUCAGGCGAUGCCUCGUCACUCAGCAUUGAGGAGACCAAUAAACUCCGGGCAAAGUUGGGGCUGAAACCCUUGGAGGUCAAUGCCGUCAAGAAAGAGGCGGGCACCAAGGAGGAGCCCGUGACUGCCGAUGUCAUCAACCCCAUGGCCUUGCGACAGAGAGAGGAGCUGCGAGAGAAGCUGGCAGCUGCCAAAGAAAAGCGCAUCCUGAACCAAAAACUGGGGAAGAUUAAGACCCUGGGGGAGGAUGACCCCUGGCUGGACGACACCGCGGCCUGGAUCGAGAGGAGCCGGCAGCUUCAGAAGGAGAAGGACUUGGCAGAGAAGAGGGCCAAGCUGCUGGAGGAGAUGGACCAGGAGUUUGGUGUCAGCACCCUGGUGGAGGAAGAGUUUGAGCAGAGGCGGCAGGACCUGUACAGCGCCCGGGACCUGCAGGGCCUCACCGUGGAGCAUGCCAUCGAUUCCUUCCGCGAGGGGGAGACGGUGAUCCUCACCCUCAAGGACAAAGGAGUGCUGCAGGAGGAGGAGGAUGUGCUGGUGAACGUGAACCUGCUGGACAAGGAGCGGGCGGAGAAAAACGUGGAGCUGCGCAAGAAGAAGCCCGACUACCUGCCGUAUGUGGAGGACGAGAGCGUGGACGACUUGGCCCAGCACAAACCUCGCUCUAUCCUGUCCAAGUACGACGAGGAACUCGAAGGCGAGCGGCCGCAGUCCUUCCGACUGGAGCAGGGCGGCGUGGCUGACGGCCUCCGGGAGCGGGAGCUAGAGGAGAUCCGUGCCAAGCUGCGGCUGCAGGCCCAGUCCCUGAGCACGGUCGGACCACGACUUGCCUCUGAGUACCUCACACCAGAGGAGAUGGUGACGUUUAAAAAGACCAAGCGGAGGGUGAAGAAGAUCCGUAAGAAGGAGAAGGAGGUGAUCAUGCGGGCCGAUGACCUGCUGCCACUUGGGGACCAGACUCAGGAUGGGGACUUCGGUUCCAGACUGCGGGGCCGGGGGCGGCGCCGGGUGCCUGAGGCGGAUGAGGAGCCCCAGGAGGAGGGGGAGAAGGAGCCCGUGCCUCAGCCGCCACCGUCAGAUGACACCCGCGUGGAGAACAUGGACAUCAGUGAUGAGGAGGAGGGCGCCGUGCCACAGUCUGGGUCCCCGGAGGUGCUGGAGGAGGACGAGGCGGAGCUGGAGCUGCAGAAGCAGCUGGAGAAGGGGCGCCGCCUGCGGCAGCUGCAGCAGCUACGGGACAGUGGCGAGAAGGUGGUGGAGAUUGUCAAGAGGCUGGAGUCUCGGCAGCGGGGCUGGGAGGAGGAGGACCCGGAGCGGAAGGGGGCCAUUGUGUUCAACGCCACGUCCGAGUUCUGCCGAACUCUCGGGGAGAUCCCCACCUACGGGCUGGCCGGCAACCGGGAGGACCAGGAAGAGCUCAUGGACUUUGAACGGGACGAGGAGCGCUCGGCCAAUGGCGGCUCCGAGUCUGACGGGGAGGAGAACAUGGGCUGGAGCACCGUCAACCUGGACGAGGAGAAGCAGCAGCAAGACUUCUCUGCCUCCUCCACCACCAUCCUGGACGAGGAGCCCAUCGUGAAUAGAGGGCUGGCGGCCGCCCUGCUCCUGUGUCAGAACAAAGGGCUGCUGGAGACGACGGUGCAGAAGGUGGCCCGGGUGAAGGCGCCCAACAAGUCCCUGCCGUCGGCCGUGUACUGCAUCGAGGACAAGAUGGCCAUCGACGAUAAGUACAGCCGGCGGGAGGAGUACCGCGGCUUCACCCAGGACUUCAAGGAGAAGGACGGCUAUAAACCCGACGUGAAGAUCGAGUACGUGGACGAGACGGGCCGGAAGCUCACACCCAAGGAGGCUUUCCGGCAGCUGUCCCACCGCUUCCACGGGAAGGGCUCCGGCAAAAUGAAGACGGAGCGGCGGAUGAAGAAGCUGGACGAGGAGGCGCUCCUGAAGAAGAUGAGCUCCAGUGACACGCCCCUGGGCACCGUGGCUCUGCUGCAGGAGAAGCAGAAGGCCCAGAAGACCCCAUACAUCGUGCUCAGCGGCAGUGGCAAGAGCAUGAACGCGAACACCAUCACCAAGUGAAGCUGGCCUCCCUUCUGAUCCCUCCCCCGACUUUAAUAUUAAAUAAAGCUCCCUCCUUAUUUUUUCCCCCUGGUCCUGGUGCAGGUUCCAGGGUCAGACCUGGGAGAAGGGCAGGCGGUGCCAGACAGAGCAUGGGGGGCAUUGCCCUCUGGCUCCGUCGUCACCUGUGUGACCUCAGGCAGUCACUGAACCUUUCUAAACGGCCUUAGUUCUGCCGUUUGUUUGACCAAAACACCUUUGCUUCAUAGGGUGUCUUGCGGUGAUUAAGUGAGCUCAUUUCAUUCACUCACCUGGAACGUGGAGGUGAGCAAGGCCCCUCAGAGGUGGCUUAGGGUCUGGCUUCUGCCAGGUGAGACCGGUUGUAGGUGACACAAACAACAGAGAUGCAGGGAGGGAACUGGCCCGGCUCUGCCAAGGCAGUUCUCAGCCCACGCCGGGCCCCAGCCAGCCAGAGAGAAGCCAGCUGGUUCGCUUUCUCACCCUCGCCUCCCCCAGCCGCUCCUGGCAUGGUCGUACCAGUCCUGGCUGUGCCUGUUAAAUGUCGCACCUCACCCUCUCCAAGGCUGGCUUCUGGGUAAGAGUUGGGAGGUGUUUUAGAGGCUCAGUCACCACGGUCUCUCCCAGUCUCAGUGCCACAAGAAUCACUGCUCACAGCCAGGAUGGCCGCAGCAGGGUCUGGGGGCAUCGCAGGCUCCUGUUGUCUACGUGGAGAGUGAGAGGCUCGGUUUCUCAGAGCACCCGCCUCUUGGGAACCUUGUCUGCUUAGCAGGGCAGGUGAGAUUCCUCGGUGUGAACUCCGUGAGGGACAGUAAGAGCCUGAAUCGAGGGAAAGGGGACAGCUGGCUCCGGUGGGAGUCAGACAAAACCAGCAUCCCACCGCCCCCACCUCCACCCGAGUGCGUGGCAGAUGGUUCACAAGAUUUUUUUUUUUAAUGAAAAAAAAAAGUGGAUUAAAAUAACCUUAGAAAAUGUAAGAAAAGAACAGAAAAAUGUAAACAAGGAACAAAAUACAGUUGCCUUAACCCAUUGCUUUUGAUGACGGUUACUUCGUGGCAGCCCCACCCAGCACUGUCAUGCCCUGCUUCAGCUUGUCUCCUUAUCUUGGGGUCUGAGUUUGAUUUAGUUUCCGCUUGGGCUUCUUCCUCGGGUUCCUCAGGGAGGGUCCCUGUGGGAAGCCUUGGCUGGGUCUAGGGUCUGGGGAAUCUUGGUCUGUUUCUCCCAGAAGCUUGCGCGGCAUGUCCGGUGUUGUGGAUUGUCCUUGGCGGCGGAGCACCAGCUCUGGCCGAGCUCUUGUCGAAGCUCACACCUUACCCGCUGCAGCCUGUUAGGAAGCUGUUGCCAUCAUCAGAGCCACAAACGUCCAAGGUCGUGUCUAGAGCAGUGGUGGACCUGGGUGGAACUGACCAGCCGUGUCCCAGGGUGUCUCCUGACACUCUGACCUGUGACUGAGGGGACAGGCCCCCUCCAGGAGCCCUGCCUGGCUGGCAGUCUGUGGCGUCUCCCCUCCUGCGGCCUCUGGUCCCAGCCCUGUGCUUGUGCUUCUGUGCCUUGAGUCAUGCUACCCCUACCUAGGCUGUGCUUGCCCACCUGAUGGGGGCGGGGAGGCAGCAGGGAGUCAGUUCAGCUCCAGGGCUGGAGGAGCCAGCACCGAAUCUUGUGAGGCCUGAACUGCCAGGGCCGGCAGAGCCCAGGGAGAAGGUGGGGACUGAGAAACGAUGUCAGCCAUGUGUGAGCCCAGCCCUCCAGGGCACCCAGGAAGAAGGAUACUGAUGCCUGCUCUCAAACAACCAUCAGACUGCAGCUGCUCCCUCCAGUGAGCACGGGAGCGCUCAGGAUGUGAAAAGCUGCAGGAUGCUGGCCCUAGAGAGCUGAGGUGCGUACAAAAGGAAUGAUUUCAGUGAGCCCAGACUCCUGCGUCUUCUCAUACAUACAGAGAAGAGCACUAAAUUCCUUGAGAUACACAGUUUUAAUUCACAAAAAUUCUUUUGAUGUUCAGACUACCUGCCCUUUGUUGCAAACUUCUAUAAAACCUGACUCCUUCACCCCGCUUCCAUGGAGCAAUUCUCAGGGUUACUUGAGAUGCUGUCUCCCAGGCUUGAAGUCCUAAAAAUUCUCACUGAAUAAAACAUCUCAAUUUUCA